UUUUUGUGACAUCAUUAGGUGGCAGAAAGUCGUAGCAGCAAUGACGGACGACCAACGAGACAAAUUAUGCACUUGUGCUGUUGGCCGUUGCAUGAUCCAAAUUCCAUCCAGAAAGAUACGGCCACUAUUGGUGAAAUACAUGAUGCAGGUUUAUGACGAGGAAAAGGGUAGGUUCAUCAUUGAACCUAGGGUGGGUGAAAUAUCGGCAACAAAUGAGGAUGUGGAAUGCUUGCUAGGAUUAGAGGAUCAAGGCUUGUCCUCUGCUGAUAUUUUAGAAGAGGAAGGAGAAGAAUGGAAAACAAACAUACCUACUAGAUUUCUUAGUAAAAAAACUGGCAAUUUAGUCAUGAAAGAUAUGAUUGAUGAAAUCAUUACAUCUAAAGCCACAAAUGAUGACUUCCUUCGAAGAGCUGUCUUAAUUCUUAUAGGGACUGUUCUAGCUCCUACUUCGACAGUUACGGUUUACAAGCCGUUCUAUGCAUUUGUGGAAACAAUGUACAAGUUACACGACUUGAAUUGGAACCAAUUCACGCUUGCAUAUGUCAUGAACCAGAUCAGCCCUUGCCGGAGAGGAAUAUAUGUUAGGCAGUGGCCGAAAGGCAAUGUCGCAAUUUUAGAGUACUUGUAUUGGGAGAAAGUGCAACCUAUUGAUGAGAUAGCACUAUAUUCUCGCAUCUCUUCACGCCCACUUAUGAUCAACUGGACAGAAGCUGCUGUAGCCUUGAGAGAUAGCUAUGAUCAAGAUAAUGGCCGGGGCAAGGGUAUCCUUAAGAUUGAAGAUUGCAUCACAGAGGAAUAUAGGCGAAAGUCUGCGAACAUGGGUGCGGAAAUUAAAAAACCGGGUAGUGGAAGGAGCAAUGGAAAGGGCACUGGAAGGAGCAAUGGGAAGGCAAGUAGCUCGAGAAAACCAGCAGGCCCGUCGUGGGAAAUAAAGAUGGAAAGCACCAUGAAGAGGUUGAUGCAGGAUUUGAAGAGGGAGAUAAUGGAAGAACUACCAGAGAUAUGCGCGAAGGAUGUUGUGAAAUUACUAAACAAAUCAGGUGUUAAGUACAAGGCAUACAAGGAACCAAUAUAUAUGUCAGAUCAGUACGAUUAUUACGAAGGCUGCGAAGUACCUGAACGGAAAGAAUUUGUUUACGACAAAAAUAGUGACACCCGGAGUGUGUCAGUACGUAACGAAGAUGGUGACAAGGUGUCCAAAGAGGCCCAUAAAGAAGAGGAUUACAUCACACCUGCAAGGACCAAGUGUGACUUUCUAGGGGAUGGCACGCCAGACAAUCCUUGGCAACCGGCUGAAGAUUUUAAGGAGGCCUCUUCAUCGGAGGUGCCAUCAAAUAUAUUUGAACCUGCGCUCAUUAAAAUGAACAAAGAGGACGAACAUAAAGACGCUGCAUCAGAAGGUUCAAAAAGCGUCAAUAGUGCAACCGGGAAGAAUGAAGAUGUAAAUGGAAAGAGGAAGCGAAAGAUCCCUCUUAAACUGCAGUAUCCUUAUAUCGUUGAGAAUCGAACAAAACGUCAACCUCGGAAAAAACCAACUCCCGCAAAAGCUACUCCGUCAACCAAUGAUGUCGAAAUUCCGCAAGACUCUACUGCGUUAACAGCGGAACACAUUGCAGCAGCACAGCUUUUUGUUCAACUGUGCUGCAAGACUGAGGAAAAUGGGAAAAAAUGUGUCUACAAAAAUGAUAUUGGCGUCACAUUGACAUCACAGAGGCUUAAAGUGGUUCUAGACCAUAAAUGGUGUACAGAUGAUGUUAUCGAUGCUUACAUUGGAGAUUUGUCUCUUCGUGUUGGGGAUGAUCGGUACUUAUGUGCAGCGUGGAGGUCAUCAUUCCUGCUAGAACAACAUCGCAAAGGCCAGAAAACUAAAAAAAGUAAGAAGAACGAUGAUGACUUAGCUAUAAGAACUGGAACCAUUCAACGAGUGGUGGACGAAUAUUUUAGGCGGCAGAAGGCAUAUUUUCCAGUUAACAUUAUGAACAAUCACUGGAUUACCGUGAUCAUGCACAUACCGAAGGAAGAAUUCCAAGUUCUUGACUCAUUAUUUCCAUUAAGUGUGACAAUAGACACUGUCAGGGCUCUGAGAGAACAAAUAUCUGCUGACAUCCUAGAGUACAACAAUUCUACAUCUGGAUUUUUCCCUGAUGUGAAAACUUGGGAUAUAAAAUCAUACAAUAUGCCGCAGCAAAAAGAUGGCAAUUCAUGUGGCUUAUUUGUUCUUCAAUGCAUGGAACAUUGGGAUGGAGAUAAAUGGACUAAAGAAAUAUCACAGGAGAUGAUAGACGGAUCAAGGAACCUCAUUAACGCACAGAUAGUUUUAGCAACUUCAAAUCUCUUAGACACGGUGAAAACAAAGGUUGUCCGGAUCUCCAAGAGAUUUACAAAGUAGAUAAACCAGCAGUGAGCAUAGGUUGGGUUUUAGUCCCGUAGAAGGUUUCCCAGCUUGUGUGAAUCUCCUGUAAUUCUAUAUGUAUGACAGUUAAGUACGAUUGGCAACUACUGUGCUUGUGUGAUUUUAAGUAUUCAUCUAUCUAUUGUCUACAUCUAUUCCUUCUUGUUCAAACUACGAUGUCACUUACCUGCCUGU